UGAAAUUUACAACAUUUUUCAAAUUUUUUUACCUCUUUUUUGCACAUCCUUCUCUGUUUUCUGUCAAAAGAACGAAAAAGAGAAACAAAAAUGGGAGAUGUGUUGGAGAAGACAAAAUCCUCAAAGUUGAAAGAGAAUUCCACGUCUGUUGAUUGGAGAGGCAGAGCCUGCAGCUCCAAUUAUCAUGGGGGAAUGGCUGCUGCUGCCUUUGUUCUUGGGCUUCAAGCAUUCGAGAUGAUGGCAAUUGCUGCAGUUGGGAAUAAUCUGAUAACAUACGUCUUCACUCAGAUGCACUUCCCUCUUUCAAAAUCUGCAAACGUUGUGACCAAUUUCGUUGGAACUGUUUUCCUUCUCUCGCUUCUCGGCGGCUUCGUCUCCGAUUCUUAUCUCGGCAGCUUCCGCACCAUGCUCGUUUUCGGCCUCGUCGAGCUCUCUGGAUUCACUCUGCUGACAGUGCAAGCCCAUUACCCAGGACUGAGGCCGGCGCCGUGCGACAUGGCUGCCACAUCGACGCCGUGCGUGGAGGCGAGCGGGUGCGAAGCGGCGAUGUUCUUCGUCGCGCUGUAUUUGGUGGCUCUGGGAAGUGGGUGUUUGAAGCCGAACAUCAUAUCCCAUGGGGCAGACCAAUUCCCAAAGGAGGACCCAAAGCAGUUAAAAAAGCUCUCCACUUUCUUCAACUGCGCUUACUUUGCGUUCUGCACUGGAGAGCUCGCGGCGCUCACUCUCCUGGUGUGGCUCCAAACCCACGCCGGCAUGGACGUUGGCUUUGGAGUCUCCACCGCCGCCAUGCUUCUUGGCCUCAUCUGCCUUCUCUCCGCCACUUCCCUUUAUAGAAAUACCCCUCCUCGCGGCACCAUCUUCACCCCAAUUGCUCAAGUUUUUGUAGCUGCAUUUACCAAGAGGAAGCAAAUCUGUCCUUCGAAUUCUGAGAUGCUCCAUGGCACUGAAAAUGGCCUCCUCAAACUCCUUCACACCGACAAGUUCAGAUUCCUUGACAAGGCAUGCAUAAAAAGUGAAGAUGAUGAGGGAAGGGAAGAAAGUCCAUGGAAGCUGUGCACAGUGGCACAAGUGGAGCAAGUGAAAAUAAUUCUCUCAGUGAUCCCAAUAUUUGCCUGCACCAUAAUCUUCAACACCAUUUUAGCUCAGCUUCAAACCUUCUCAGUCCAACAAGGCACUUCCAUGGAUUCAUGGCUCACCCCCAAGUUUCAAAUUCCUCCCGCUUCCCUCCAAGCCAUCCCCUACCUCAUCCUCAUCUUCCUCGUUCCACUGUACGAGACCGCCUUCGUCCCCCUCGCCCGCCGCCUCACCGGCGCCCCCUCCGGCAUCUCCCCCCUCCAGCGCGUCGGCACCGGCCUCUUCGUCGCAACUUUCUCCAUGGUCUCCGCCGCAUUGGUUGAGACCAAGCGGCGAAACUCCUCCGCCGCUGGGGCACCCCCUCUCUCGAUCCUUUGGAUCUCACCGCAGUUCGUCAUUUUCGGGAUCUCGGAGCUGUUCACUGCAGUCGGGCUGGUGGAGUUCUUCUACAAGCAGUCAGUUGAGGGGAUGCAGUCGUUUUUAACUGCCAUGACUUACUGCUCCUACUCCUUUGGCUUCUACUUGAGCUCUCUUUUGGUGUCUCUAGUCAACAAGAUCACUCGUGGCUCUGCCGCUGGUGGCUGGCUCAGCCACAAUGACCUCAACAAUGACAGAUUGGACUUGUUCUACUGGUUACUGGCGGGCCUCAGUUUUGUCAAUUUCUUCAACUAUCUCUUUUGGGCCAACAGAUACUCACAAGGACACCGAGGAGAGGGAGGAGCUUCGGACUCGAAGCUUGUAGAGCCAUGAAACACAGAGAAAUUACUCAAGCGACUGGAAUAACAUGGUUGACAAUUCUAUACUAAUACUAUUGGUUAAUACGAGAUAAAACUGUAUUUUAGGGCCUGUUAUUAGAGAGCUGAACUUUUUCAAAGAGUGAUGUCAUGAUUACGAGGAAAGUGGUUCUAGGCCUAAGCUAGGCGAGUACAUUUGUUUGCUCUACAUAGAUUCUAUCAGAAAUGAGGGUGUAGGUUUUGAUUUGUUUGACCAUGUCAAUAUUUU